UCUAAAUCAUCCUCUUCUCAACUUAGACAACAACAAGGUUUAUCUGGAAUGGAAUUGAUGACUCAAUUGGAACAUGAUAAAGCUGAAGCCAAACGACAAAAACCAAAACUUAAUCCAUCUCAAGCAAAAAUUGAAGGUUUACUUGCCAAAUUACCUGAACCUGGUGCUCAUAGUAUUAGUUUCCAACAUGUACAACAACAACAACAACAGCAUCAACAACAACUUAGACAACAACAACAACAUCUUAAUAACACUACUUGGAUACCCAAUCGAUCUCCUUCACCUGCCGGUGUACGAUCAUCUCAUAUCAUGGUCAUGCCAUCACAACCUUUGGCCCCUAUGAUGGGUUACAAUAUGUAUGGAUAUGGUUACCCUGCGAUGCCCGCUUCUUAUUACCCUUCUCAACCGGUUCCUCAACAACACAUGAUGCGUCAACCCCCAAGAUCUGCAAGUGCAAUGAGUAUGAACAGACGUUGAUCUCCCUGAUAUACAUAUAUAUAUUUUUAUUGUUCUUUUAUUCCUUUACGUUUUAUAAUACCUUCCUUCCCUCAUGAUUUUCCACACAAACGCAAGCAUUGCUCACCUUUUUUUUUUUUUUUAAUAAAC